AUGUCUCCUUCAUUACCUCUCACCGAAAUGCAAGUCGAGAAUGUCACGUUCCCGCCAGCGGUGAAACCCCCGGCCUCAAACAAUACUCUCUUCCUCGGUGGCGCAGGGGUGAGAGGAUUGGAGAUUGAAGGCAAGUUCAUAAAGGUCACGGCCAUAGGUGUGUACUUGGAGGAUAACACCGUGCAGUCACUUGCUGUUAAAUGGAAGGGCAAGAGUGCCAAGGAGUUGUCGAAUUCCGUCGAGUUCUUUAGAGAUAUUGUUACAGGUCCCUUCGAGAAAUUCAUGCGGGUGACGAUGAUAUUGCCAUUAAAGGGUCUCCAGUAUUCGGAGAAGGUUGCGGAGAAUUGUGUUGGCAUUUGGAAAUCUUUGGGAAUUUACACUGAUGCAGAAGCCAAAGCCAUUGAGAAAUUUCAAGAGGUCUUCAAGGAAGAAACCUUUCCUCCUGGCUCCUCGAUUCUUUUCACUCAAUCAGCCAAUGGAUCAUUAGCCAUUAGCUUCUCCAAAGAUGGGUCUAUCCCAGAAGUCGAGAAUGCAGUGAUAGAGAAUAAACCACUUUCAGAGGCUGUACUAGAGUCGAUGAUUGGCAAGUAUGGUGUGUCUCCUGAAGCAAAACGAAGUUUGGCUACAACAUUAUCAGAGUUGCUGAAAGAAAAGAAUGAAAAUGGGAACUGA